AUGGUGAAUGGAGUGGACCUCAUCUAUUGGGUUCUGGACAAGCAACACUCUCCUAACUGGCAUGGAAAACCAGAUGAUUCGGUUGGCGAAAGCUACGAAACCGUAGAGAAAGUUGUAAAGUUUGAUGAGGAAGGUGGUUGGAGGCCUGAAGUCUUCAACCAAGAACAUUCAAUUGAUGUGACUGACGUAUUUGAUGCAGAAUCAACUGAAGGAAAUCUGCUUUUCGACUUCCUGACACACAAAAAGAAUUUUCGCGACACCGCAGAUAAACAAGUGGUGAAAGAAACCCUGGCGCUGAUAAAGGAUCUCUCAACCGUUAGAGAUAAAAGGAAUUCUGGAAAACUGGUGGAAUUUCUUAUUUUUAUCAAGAAGUAA